GGAGAGAGGAGGCAGCAUGGCGCAGGGCUGGGGCGGGUUCUCCGAGCGGGAGCUCCGGCGGGUCCAGGGCCGCUGCAAAGAUCACUCUGAGCCUCUUCCCGAGCAGAAGCAUCAAUCUUUUGUGAAGCAGAAUUACCAGCAUUUGCAGGGCAAAAAGAUUGUCCAGCAAAUAUCUGAAAAAAUGGAACUACCAGAUGGAGCAGCCUUGUCACCUCAGAAUCAGAGGCUUUCAGGGCCUAAACGGAGCUGUCCAUCUUCACAGGCAUCCUUGUCACCAUCUGAGUCUCUGACAACAAGAGAACCACAGGAUACCAUAAACCAAGAAAUGGGACUAGCAUCUAAUUGUGAUUCCCUCGCAGAGCCCAGUCACACAUUGGGAAAGAAGAGAAUGGAAAUACAGGAGAAGUCUCGGUGGGAAAUCCUUCAGCGGGAACAGAAGCUUAUGGAAGAAAAGAACAAACGCAAGAAAGCUCUGUUGGCUAAAGCAAUUGCUGAAAGAUCCAAAAGAACUCAGGCUGAAACAAUAAAGUUAAAUAAGAUCCAAAAACAGCUCCAAGCUCUAGAUGCUAUGGUAUCUGCCGAUAUUGGGAUACUGAGAAAUAGGAUUGACCAGGCAAGUUUGGAUUAUUCAUAUGCUCGGAAGCGAUAUGAUAAGGCAGAAACUGAAUAUGUGGCUGCAAAGCUAGAUCUCCAGAAGAAAGCAGAACUCAAAGAACAGCUCACAGAGCACUUGUGCACUAUCGUACAGCAAAAUGAGCUCCGUAAGGCCCAAAAAUUGGAGGAGUUAAUGCAUCAGCUGGAAGUGGAAGCAGAUGAAGAAAAUCUGCAACUUGAAAUAGAGGUGGAGCAACUGUUGCAACAGCAGGAAGCAGAAAGUAGAAAGCAGUUGACAGAGUCACAGAAACUUGGUUCUGUUGGUGUCGACGAUACAUCUCCCCAAACUACCAAUCAAGGACAUGGGGACAAAGGCAAUGGAGUUGCAGAAAGAUUAGAGGAUCAGUCCACAAACUCGCAUACGGAUGGCGAAGAUCUAACAGUAAACGCUAUUACAGAAGAAAUGAUAACUGAUGUGGCAUGUAAACAUUGAAU